AUGCCUUCAAAAGAUGCCACGACUGCUUCAGGAAGUGACUUGCUGGAGAGGAGCGAGGAAGUUCGAAAUCUAUUGAACGCUGUCCAAGAACGACUUGUAUCGUUUAUACGGGCUGCAGAUCACGAUGAUUUCAGCUCUUCCAAGGCUGGAGACGCUCCCCGCCACCCUUCUGCCUUAGUACAAUACGUGAAACCAGAGGAAUUGCAAGCUACUAUGAAUCUCCAAAUUCCAUCCUUUGGUGAGGGCCAACGCGGUCUUCUUCGAAUCUUAGACCAAGUGCUGCAGUAUUCGGUCAACACAUGGCAUCAGGGGUUUCUGGACAAGCUAUAUGCGUCUACCAAUGCUCCAGGAUUAGCGGCAGAGUUGAUCAUCGCUGCACUAAAUACGAAUGUUCAUAUAUAUCAAGUGUCGCCUGCGUUGACCGUUAUUGAAAAGUUUACUUCGAAACAGCUGGCACACCUUUUUGGCUUCGACGGGCCUAACUCUGGCGGAAUAUCUGUUCAGGGAGGUUCUGCUGCCAAUGCUACUUCGAUUGUCAUAGCCCGGAAUACUCUAUUUCCAGAGACCAAGAAGGAUGGCUGUGACGGAUCUAAAUUUGUUAUAUUCACGAGCACUCACGGGCAUUAUUCUAUAAAGAAGGCAGCCUGGAUGCUUGGAUUUGGAGGCAGCGCGGUUUGGUCUGUUCCUGUUGACGAAAAGGGACAGAUGAUUCCCCAGUCCCUUGAAGAGCUUGUCAUCAAGGCAAAGAAUGAAGGCAGGACAACGUUUUAUGUCAAUGCGACCGCAGGGACAACGGUACUUGGAUCGUUUGACCCCUUGGAACAUAUUGCGUCGAUUUGUCGGAAAUAUAACCUCUGGUUGCAUGUUGAUGCCUCCUUGGGCGGUUCGUUUGCAUUCUCCAAGAAAAAAAGAGGAAAACUUGCUGGCAGCCAUUUAGCAGAUAGUCUUACCGUAAACCCGCACAAAAUGCUAGGUGUACCGGUGACUUGUUCAUUUCUUCUUGGCGCAGACAUGACACAAUUCCACCGCGCAAAUACACUCCCGGCAGGCUAUCUAUUCCACGAUGAUUCUUUAGAGUCCGGGUUGAAUGGCAACGACGUGAAAUGCCCAGAGGUCUGGGACCUUGCCGACCUGACGUUACAGUGUGGCCGCCGAGCUGACUCCCUCAAGUUCUACCUGAGUUGGAUUUACUAUGGCUCGGAGGGUUAUGAACAGAAAAUCGAUUCCGCCUGUGAUGUGGCCGCUGAUCUUGCGGCAGCUAUUUCCAACUCGCCAAACCUUAUUCUUAUCAGCGAGAACCCACCCCCAUGCCUCCAAGUUGCCUUUUAUUAUGCUCCCAACAAACAACUCGUCUUCCCCCGAGGGAAGAAAGUAGGCGGUAAACAAUUGGAUGAGGAGGAACGAGGAAAGCGAAAUAGCAAUAUAACACAAGAAAUAUCAAAAAGGCUAGUCAGUCGAGGAUUCAUGAUCGACUAUGCACCGCCACCAGAAGGCGAUCCAUCGGCUGGUGACGGUAAAUUUUUCAGGUGUGUGGUUAACGUCCAGACAAAGAAAGAGACCGUUGAAGCUCUGUUGGCUGCUAUUUUGGACAUUGGGCCAGGGGUUGUUAAACAGAGUGCUCGUGGGGAUAGCAUUGAUGACCCUGACCUGUAUGCGGGCGCGGAACCAUUUCGUAUGGGAAAUCCAGCCGAGUAUGGGCAUGGACCAGUGGCACAUACCCCUGACCUUUUUGCGGGAGCGAAGCCAUUCCGUAUGGGAAACCCUGCGGAACACGGGCAUGGACCUGUUCAUCAAAUACAUAUAUCUAACUAG